UGGUCACGACUAAUCCUGUUGUUUAUAGUAAUCUAAAGCGUUGCCUUUGGGGAGAGGAUCCGGACGAUCUUCUGGAUGGCUUCUUCCAUUCUUCUUGAACGCACUUACAUUUGAUUCUACCGUUGUGGUCUUCGGAUCACGAUCGUCAGGGUCUAGUCUGGGCUCCAGACGAAGCGUUUAUGCCUUGCAGCCUGGCGAUGCCUUCCAGUUCUGUGGGUUCGAGCAUGGAUCAACCACACAUGGAGGAGCAGCGUUGCUACGGAAUACAGACCACAGUAAUAAUAAUAAAGCAAGGCUUACCGAGUAUCGCGAUGAUGAUGACGCUCCUUCAACCCAACGCAGCCACGCCAACCCGAGGUCCCAAACCCAUCGUCCCUCGAUCCCGCCAUCCAAAUCCUCCCCAAUUAAACCCUACAAGCACCCGAUCGCCAGAUGCCGGAACGCCCGCCAGCUCGAUUUUCGCCUCCUUCCGAGCUUCACCAGGCACCACCCCGACCGGACUCCGAAGCUGGACCGUGCCGCGGCCCCAUCGUAUUACGGUAUUUUACUAUUUUUCGCUGGCGUCGCGCAGGUUUCAGACUUUCAGCGUCUCAGAUGCUCGGGGAGAGGAAUUGGCCAGUCGGGUUGAGCCGUAGGCUACAUGAAUCGUGAAUUGGGGGUUCCGAUGGGCGGAUUGAGGUGCAGGUCGGGUAUGCAGGUGAUGAUGGAAGCGGAAGGGGAAUGGAGGUAAAGAUAAGAAGAAAAUCAAAGGUGAUCAAGGAGAACGGAACCCUCGACGUCAAGCGCCCAAAGCUUCCCUUCCCAUUCCAUCGCACAGCAACCUCACACAGAUUCUCCUGCGACCAUUGCUCCACCUCCCCCAGUAUUAUUUUCCUCGUCGCCC